CAAUCCGCCUAUGUUCCCUAUGAUAAGUAAUAGAACCACUGGUCCGGGAGCUAUAAAAUUUAACGUGAUGGUAAGCGCCAACGUCUAUGUUUUAAACGCAGAAGACGUGCCAUCCCAGACGACACUGGGUUCGGACGUGCUGAUAAUCGCUCCUGAAGUUUCCCAAAAACGUUACAUUUCAAUACGAACCAUUGCUAACGACGAGGCUGCUCGCUUCAUUUCUCCAGUAAAAAGGAAAUGUAGGUAUACAGACGAAAAUUUCCUGGAUGUAUAUCGUCACUAUUCCUACAGUGCUUGUACGGUUCAGUGCAGAAAAGACGCGCAGAUCAGAUUCUGUAAUUGCACAAAUUAUUUCACGCCUAACGUCCCAGAGCAUCUAAAGUGCGACGUCAAUGGCAUCAUUUGCCUUAAUAACCACAUUAAUGAACUGUCGGUACUGAAAGCUAAAUGGUCAAAUCGUCCCGGCUUGUACUGCGAUUGUUUACCGUCAUGCACAGAGGCAGAGAUAUCUGUCGUCAAAGAUUUCAAAUACACCGCCUCAACAGAGUUUACUGCCGUCCAUAUCGAGCUAGCUAUACUACCAAGCGAGCGAUAUAAGAGAAACGUUGUCAGAGGCAUUCUUGAUCUUGUGGUAUCCACGGGUGGCACAGGCGGACUGUUUCUCGGCGCUAGCAUCCUGAGUUUUGUGGAAUUCGUGUACAUACUAUUGCUGCGUCCCUUUUUCGAUAUUUACAGCCAGCGAGGUGUCGACCAUUGGCAUAGGAAGUUUGGUAACCGUCGGUUGGAAGACAACAAGUUUGUACCCAACAAGGAGUGGAGCUAUCAUGAAAGGAAUGUUGGAGCUGGUUUAAACCAAGUGAAACGGCGGGUUUUCAAAAGUUAGAUUUAAUCAAGUUAACAUCUGUAGAUAAAAUAGUGA